GAUGAACACAUUCUGUGUAUCGUCGAUCACUUGGAGUUUUGUCUGGCACAGUGUGGCAACUCAUUCUUGCCAGGCUUGACCAGCACACUUCUGUGACGUGUUUCCACCCCACGGGGAUCUGGACAGUCGAGCGGGGAACAUGUCGUCCUUCGUCGGCUUCCACAAAGUCUCUCGGAGAUCGAUGUCCGAGUCAGAUGCACAACGUCGUAUGUCCAGCCGUCGUGUGAGAGCUACGAAUUGCAGCACCUCAAGCACUGUCUAGCACUAUCUUGCAAGCUGUUUCUAUCGCUACCACGAGACUCGUGUAUCGCAUUACAAGGUUUCGGCCUCGUCGGUGGCGGAAGGACCCUUAUUGCCCAGACGUCAACACCGCGCGACACUUUAUAGCCAGCCCCAAAAUGCCUCGAGUCUUCUUCAUCACCGGCACUUCAACCGGUUUCGGGCAUUACUAUACGCAAGAAGUUCUCGAUCGUGGAGAUUAUGUCGUUGCGACUGCACGCAACAUAUCACAAUUGCAAUUCAAAGGCGCUACCGACGAGAACUGGCUCGCGACACGACUGGAGGUCACAGACCAGCAGAGUGUCCAGAAAGCGUUUGAUGAUGCCCUCAGUAAGUUCGGGCGCAUCGAUGUUGUGGUCAACAACGCUGGUUACGGGCUAGUGGGAUGCUUUGAAGAGUACACAGAUACUCAGAUCCGGCAGCAGAUGGAAGUCAACUUCUUUGGCGUGCUUGAUGUGACUCGUACUGCGAUGCAGUAUAUGCGCGACAACCAGGCCCCUCCCGGAGGCUGCAUCCAACAAGUCACCAGUAUGGCAGGCCAACUUGGAUUUCCGACAUACAGUAUCUAUUGCGCCAGCAAGUGGGCGGUUGAAGGGUUCACCGAGGCUGUCAGCCACGAGGUCAAGCCUGAAUGGGGGAUCAAGUUCACGCUGAUUGAGCCUGGUGGCUUUAGCUGGGGAGAUGGCUAUGUGAGCAAUUCACAGGUAGCAGGGGGAAGUAGAGGUCUAAACUGCGUUAACGCAGUCGUCUCCGAUAUGUUGCUCGACCUGGUCAUUCCCUACAUAAGAACCGAUUGGACUGGCCGCAGUGUCACUAUUGCCGAUCGAAGUUCUAAUUACGAACACCUUGAUAGCGCCGACCGCACAAACAAGCGCCACGGGACACAACGUGGAGAUCCCGUCAAGGCUGCCAAAGCCAUGUAUGAGCUGGCGGUGAUGCCGAAUCCACCACUACGUGUGAUCCUGGGUUCGGACGCCCACAAGCUCAUCACAGCCAAAGUAGAGCGAGAUGGUCAAAAUUGCAAGAAGUUUAGCGAGUUCAGCAACAGUACAGAUGUGGACGGAGAUGUGCCGCCCUAGCAGCGUAAGACUUUGGUUCGAGAGAUUAUGAUGGAUGCUAUGCGCUUACUACAAAAAAUGAUCUCGAAGGAGGCCAAGUCGAGCAAGGUUGAAGGCAAGAAGAUGUCCAAGAAGGUCUCUACAUGCACCGCCUCUGGUCGCAGGAGUCGCACUCAUAUGCAGGGAAGAGCCGAUGCUAUUGGUUUAGGAUCGAGUCCCCAAAGUGAGAUGCAUCAGACCGAGGUCAAUUCGGGCGACCGGCCUCCUUUCCCCAAAAGUUGAAGCUAGUCCAUCUCCCGUCCUCAUGCACAGGGUGUGCCAAGGUCCCAGCAACCAAGUGUGGCCAUCCAGGCGCUGGAGUAACAUUCGGUCGAAUUAUGAUAGGCCAGUCCAAAUCAUGCGUCUGAGGGGAUAGAGUUGGCCCACUUGCUUCCCCAAACUGCUGACCCAUGACUUGUCUCAACCUUUGACAUUAAUCCGCGG